UAUGUGGAAGUUUGGCAGCCCAUAUUAUUUGUGAUAGUUAAAAGGUGUGAUCUUAUUCUAUAAUUUCAGAAUAAUUUCAACUUGAUAAGUAAUACCUCCUUCACCCUCGUCUUAUUUAUUUAGGCUAGAUAGAUAACUAAUCUCAUAUUUUUUAUAUUAUUUAUCUUAAUUUGAUUAAUCACACUAUUUCUAAGCAUGACUACCAAACACACUUUAUAAUUCUUGACCUUGAGACAACCUCACACACAUUUUUGUGAAUUAGUGAUAACAUAUAUUUUAUCCAAUUGCUUAUGCUUUUUUAAUAAAAAAUAUUUUUAAAUAAUAUUUAAAAUAAAAUAAAUGUCCAAUGAUGUAGUAAAUUUUAAUUAUAUGAUUAUUAUUUAUUAUUUCAAAAUACAAAAUAUAGUUUUCAAUCACUGGAUGUCAUCAAAUAACUGUAAUACUUAGGCACGGGCUUACUAAUUGGGCUUAGACCAAGAAUAAAAGCCCAGUACACUUGGCCCAAGCCUGCCACUCAAUCCUAAACCACGACGUCGUUUUGAGGUGUAAACCAGAUAAAAACCCUAACUAGGUCGAACAUUGUGAAGCAGCCUCUCCUCCUCGCCUCAACUCUUUCUGAGCUAAACCUCCCCGCCGCAGUACUCGCGCAUUGCGAUGGCUCCCAAAAAGGAUAAGGCUCCUCCACCAUCUUCCAAGCCGGCGAAAUCCGGUGGCGGCAAGCAGAAGAAGAAGAAGUGGAGCAAGGGAAAGCAAAAGGAGAAGGUGAACAACAUGGUGCUGUUCGAUAAGUCGACCUACGACAAAUUGCUCACUGAGGCACCUAAGUACAAGCUUAUCACUCCUUCCGUUCUCUCCGAUCGUCUCAGGAUCAGUGGAUCGUUGGCGAGGAAAGCAAUCAGGGAGCUGAUGGCUAGAGGUUUGAUUAGAAUGGUUUCGGCACAUGCAAGCCAGCAGAUAUACACGAGGGCCACAAACACCUAAGUAUCUUACCCUCUACUGUAGUAUUGCGCUUGGAAUGGAUUUUGUCUAAUUAGAACUAUGUUCUUGUUAGCUUUAAUUUUGCCUCUGUUUGUUAAACUUGUUGUCAACUUUUAAAGUAUCUGAAGAUAUUUUUUAUUA